AUGCUGCUGUCGCUGGUGCUGCACACCUACUCCUUGCGCUUCGUGCUGCCGGCGCGGCCAUGCUGGGCUCUGCGCCCACCUCUCCUUGCCUGGGGCGCCUGGCGCCUGCUGGCCGCGCUCCUCCCGCGGGCCUCUAUAACCGCCUCGACGCCGCGCCUCUAUACGCUCUACCAGGCCAUGGUCCUCUUCUUCUUCGAGAACUACACCGGAGUACAGAUAUUUCUCUAUGGUGAUUUGCCAAAAAUGAAAGAGAAUGUGAUAUAUAUAUCUAAUCAUCAGAGUACAGUUGACUGGAUUAUAGCAGACAUGUUGGCCAUCAGACAAAAUGCUCUUGGACAUGUUCGAUAUGUUUUGAAAGAUGGGUUAAAAUGGCUUCCUUUGUACGGGUGGUAUUUUUCUCAGCAUGGAGGAGUCUAUGUGAAACGAAGUGCCAAAUUUAAUGAGAAGAAACUGAAAAAUAAGUUACAAGCCCAGAUGGAUGUUGAGACUCCGAUGUAUCUUGUGAUUUUUCCAGAGGGAACACGUUACAAUCCAGAACUACCAAAAGUCAUUGCAGCUAGUCAAUCAUAUGCUGAUAAGGAAGGACUUGCAGUCUUAAAACAUGUUCUUACUCCACGAGUGAAGGCUACUCAUGUUGCUAUUAAUGUGAUGAAGAAUUAUUUGGAUGCAGUUUACGAUGUUACAGUAGCAUAUGAAGGCACUGUAGAUCAUAAAGGACAAAGGAAAGUGGCACCAUCCAUGACAGAUUUCCUUUGUAAGGAGUGCCCAAGAAUCCAUAUUUAUGUUGAUCGAAUUGAACUAAAAGAUAUUCCAGAAGAACAGAUGUAUAUGCGAAGAUGGCUUCAUGAACGUUUUGAAAUCAAGGAUAAGCUGCUAAUAGAAUUCUAUGAUGCAAAGGAUUCUAAAAGAAGGAACAGGUUCCCUGGAAAAUGUGUUCAUUCCAAGCUAAGUCUCAAGAAGACUUUGCCAUCCUUUCUCUUCUUAAGCGGCCUUACUGUUAGUAUGCUACUGACAGAAUCUGGACGGAAACUUUAUGUGAAAACGUGGCUCUAUGGGACUUUAUUAGGCUGCCUGUGGGUCAGUGUUAAAGCGUGAGAAGAGCUGGCAAGUACAGUCCUGUCUUGCACAUUGUUUGAAAUGUUCCUGAAUUUAUAUUAAAAAAUGUUAAUAAAGCCUUAUUAAUGGAA